AUGACUGUCAGCAUGAUCUCCUUCAAAGAACAAAUCUCAGUCGAGCCAAUUGGCAAGGACUGCUACCGCUCUGUCGUCCCUCCCAUCCGCAUGGGCGAUUUGGCCGACUGGGCAUACGGCGGCAACACAUUGGCCAUAGCAGUCAGCGCUGCCUACUUGACAGUUGCAGUAGGCGAUCACCUUUAUUCUAUAAGCGGCCACUUCGUGCGGCCGGCAAGCCAAUCCAACAAGCUCAUCUGUCGUGUCGAGCGCGUCCGAGACUCGCGAAUGUUCAAAACCCGACAUCUUCGCGUGCUGCAGUCCGAGGGGGAUUCCGAACAACUUUGCCUCAUCGCCACAGCAGACUUCCACAUAGACGAACCAGAUGAUAUGGUUAAUUAUUCUGCUUAUCCGCAAGUUGAAGUCCCAUGUUCUCCUCCAGAGGAAACGGAGGUGGAGAAAACCCAGGAACCAGGGCUUUACAAGAACCUGGAUAAAUUCAUUGAGGUUCGCCCACACAGUGCUGGAAAGAGCGGGAAGCAAGUCCCAGAUCUUGUUUCCGCUGAUAGAUUCCGGAUCCAUGGGCCUUUGUAUACUGAGGCCGAACAAAUCACUGCCCUUGCGUUCUACAUGGACCGUGGCUUAGCCUACAUUCCAGCCAACCAUUCCGGUUAUAGCUUGUUUCAGGCCAGUGCUUGUGCAACUCUUGACUUUGCGUUGCGGAUCCUAACGCAUGGGAUUGAUUUGCGGAACUGGCAUAUUAGCGAAAGACAGACAUGUGGUGCGGGAAAUGCGAGGGCACUGAGUGAAGGAAGAGUCUUCGAUGCGAAGGGCCAUUUACUGGCCAGUAUGACACAGAAAACUAUUUUGAGACCGAAGAAGGGGACUUCGAAGAUUUGA